CGUCGCGGCAAGAGGAAUACUCCAGGACAUCAUGUUCACCAAGGUGCUCCUGUGCUGCUUUGUGGCCUACGUGGCUUCCCAGGCGGUUGAAAACUACCCUCCUCAACCGUAUAGAUUCAACGUCGACAACAUCGACGAGAACGGCACCCGCAUCACUCAGGAAGAAACCGGUGACGAGAACAACGUCAAGACUGGUUCCUACAGCUACACCGACCCAUUCGGCAUGCAGCGUACCGUCAAGUACGUCGCUGACGCCACCGGCUUCCACGUGACCAUUGAGACCAACGAGCCAGGCACCAAGACCUCCAACCCAGCCGAUGCCCAGAUCAUCUCCUCUUCCGUUGAGGCCCCAGCCCCAGCCCCAGUGGUCGUGAAGCCUGCUCCAGUCGUGGUCAAGACCGUCCAGCAGGCCCCUGUCACUGUCCACGCCGUCCAUGCUUCUCCAGUUGUGCACGCCAUCCAGGCUCCUAUCUCCUAUGCCGCCCCGAUCACUUACGACACCGCCCACCACGUGGCCCCGAUCGCUGUCUCCCUUUCCCACGCUCCCCUGACCUACAGCCUUGGCGCUGCCAAGAGUGCCUAAGUAUACGACGUGGAUUAGAAUAGUAAUUGGUACUUUCUUCCUUCGGUACGGUGAUUAUUAUUCGAGCGGAGUAUUGUCGGCGCAGUCUGCAAUGCGAAUCGGAAAUGAGCGGGAACCAGCUGCCUAUAGCCGCACUUUGGUGUCCUGCUCUGUACAGUCUAUUACUGUGUGUGGAACUUCUCAGCGUGCACUCAUCCAUCUGUGUUGUACAGUACAUGUCAAAAUUAUAAUAAAUAUCUUGCAAUG